AUGACUAACAGCUCUUCAUCUCACCUCUUACCAGUGACCUCUGACCUUUCACCUGUACUUCACAACGGCUCAAGUCUCAGAGUGGAGCAUCAUCAGAGUUAUCAUCAAAGUCAUCAUCUAAGUCAUCAUGUAAGUCAUCAUCUAAGUCAUCAUCUAAGUCAUUAUCUAAGUUAUCAUCAAAGUUCAUGUAAGUCAUCAUGUAAGUCAUCAUCUAAGUCAUCAUCAAAGUCAUCAUCUAAGUCAUCAUCUAAGUCAUUAUCUAAGUUAUCAUCAAAGUUAUCAUCAAAGUCAUCAUCUAAGUCAUCAUCAGAGUUAUCAUCAAAGUCAUCAUCUAAGUCAUCAUCAGAGUUAUCAUCAAAGUCAUCAUCUAAGUCAUCAUCAGAGUUAUCAUCAAAGUCAUCAUCAAAGUCAUCAUCAAAGUCAUCAUCAAGUCAUCAUCAAAGUCAUCAUCUAAGUCAUUAUCUAAGUCAUCAUCAAAGAUCAUUAAUCAUUAAAUCGUCAUCAAAUUCAUCAUCAAAGUCAUCUAAACUUUUUAAAACUAUGACAGAUAUAAACAAUGUAUAAACGAAUGUCUACAUUUUAGUACCACUAAACUCGUUG